AGCACUGGUGUCACAUGACGGAGGUGACGGUUGCCCGCUGGUGACGUGACAAACCGAACCCCGCUAGCCAGCGCUGCUUAGCAACUUCUUCUUGUUUGUUCCUCGAAAUCACGAAAAAAAUAUAUAAAAAAUAAAAUGGACAACAGCGGGAAAGAAAAGGAAGCAAUGGCUCUAAUCGCCGAGGCCGAAAAGAAAAUGAAGUCGUCGACGUCGUUUUUCGGAGCGCUGUUUGGGGGUUCCUCCAAGACCGAAGAGGCCUGCGACAUGUACGUGAGGGCAGCCAACAUGUACAAAAUGGCCAAAAACUGGUGCGCUGCGGGGAACGCGUUCUCCCAGGCCGCCCGCCUCCACCUGCAGAUGCAGAGCAAACACGACGCGGCGACCAACUUCAUAGACGCUGGAAACGCUUUCAAAAAAGCCGACCCGCAAGAGGCCAUAAACUGCCUAAACCGAGCGAUUGAGAUUUACACCGAUAUGGGGCGCUUCACCAUCGCAGCGAAACACCACAUCAGCAUCGCGGAGAUAUACGAGACGGAGCUGGUGGACAUCGACAAGGUGAAGGAGUUUGACACCAUUUCACGGUUGGACCAGUGGCUCACCACGAUGCUGCUCCGCAUCAAGAAAACCAUACAGGACGAGGAGAGCGACCUGCGCUGACUCCCCUCCCCGCUUCCCCUCAUCAAGCCCUCGACGGCCGACUUGCAUCCUUCUUUUUGCCUUGAAGCAAUCUUAACCUUUUUGACCAUUAGGCCUCAUAUUCCUGCACAGAUUCUGUGUUUUCUUUCCUGCCGUCUGCAGUAUUCUUCAUGUUUCUCGCCUUUUUAAUCUUCUCCAAAAAAUAAUUAUGGUCUUUAUAGGUAUGAACACUAUUUUCCUGAGUGCACACUGCACGUAGUAUGUUAGUUGUAUAUUGUUAUGAUACAGGUAUUGGUCCAGUUCUAGUUGAAACAUUCAUAAUUGGCCCCAAUACCAAAUAUUCAUACCAGCACACUUGUAUACAAAGGUUUUAUUUUUUCUUGUUAUAAAACGGAUGAGAGGAAGCCAAUUUACUAACAUCUAUAAAAAUCUAUUUUCCAGAAUCUGCUUCAAAUAAACUGAACCAAAAUGUCAGUCGAGGCCGAAGCACUCGCGUAGAUUUUUGGUACUUUUGAGUGCUCGAGUAUACUGUAGGUCAUAUCAGGGCGCCGGUAAUUAAACAGCACAUCAUCUCAGCCGCGGAGCGAAGAGUUUCUGAGGUCUUUCAACGGGAAAUACCCCCUCUGCCUUACACUGCGAAGUUCUCAGGAUGUGAACUGCUAGAUUUGACGGGGAUAAAGAAAAAAAAAAUCAUGCUUUUUAGAAGCAUUAUCAAAUUAAUUUGCUAAUUGUUUUUUUUUUUUGUCAUUUCCAUUUAAAGUGCUUUUAUUCCACGAGAAGAAGGUGAAAGAAGCCCACCACCUUUAUAAACAGUUGCAUGGUUUGUUAAGGAUGAGAAAACUACAGCAGCAGUUUUUUCACUGUAUAGGAGUUUAUUUCUCAAGUGUUUUUUGUUUUUUUGUGAUUGUCAGAUUUUUGUUGUUUUUCUGUCAUAACUAACCAGGCUGGAAAAAAAAAAGUGCAUUUUUAAAAUAAAAUAAAAUAAAUAAGGCCUGCAAGAGAUGCAAUACAUUGAGGAAAAAAAGGAGCUUUAUUGAUCUGAACACUGUGCUCAUGUACCCUCCUAAUAAUGUCUUAAAUAAUUUGUAUAUCUUUGAUGUUUCCUGUCAAACAUUUGAAUAAACGUGUCUGAGACGCACAGCA